AUGGGACUGGGCAAGAAGCAAGCAAGAAACCAUAAGGCCUUCGUUUGGAACUCUGCCGACGCCAUGAUUAAGGCUGGGGACCUCACCCUGAUCUGUGACGCACAGGUAGAAAUCUGGAAGAACUGAGGGAGGGAGAAUAGUAGGGCCGCUUGAUCAAACUCAAUCCAAAAACGAUAUCACUUAAUCUUCAUGAAACGGAAGUCUGUUCUUGAUUAUUUCCAUUAUCUAGUGUCUCGUGUUUGUUUUGUUCGUUCUCAUUUCGGUGUUUGUACCUCGCGGUCAUCUUUUGGCCAUCGUAGGUUGUGGACAUAAUUAGUCCAAUCGUAGACAGGUUUCAAUAAUGAAGCUGAGGCUUUACGGUUGUGCAGGUGCGGAACGUCCAUGGGCCGGGAACGGGUGAGCCAAGGCCGGGCCUCGACCUGGUUCUGGAGAAAAGCCUGAAACCUACGCUCCCGCCAGUUGGCUACGAAGCCUAGGCCAGAUAAGCUCGCCUGUGGGUGUAAAGAAGAUAUAUAUAUAUAAUAUCGAGAGAGAGAGGAGAGAGAGGACGAUGGGAUAUACCUGA